AUGGCGAAGUUGGAGCCAUUUACAGGGGCAGGACACGAAUGGGAGGAGUACGUGGAAGUGCUGGAGCAACACUUCAUCGCCAACAGCGUCCCGGUUGACAAGCAGCGAGUGAAGGCCAAGAUAAGAGUGCCAGAGGACGUGAAACCACGUUUUUUCAGGCCGAGACCAGUACCAUUUGCUCUGCAGGACAUGGUGGCGCAGGAAUUACAGCGGUUGCAGCGAGAAGGUAUCCUAAGGCCAGUGCAGACCGCGGAAUGGGCAGCACCGUUGGUUCCAGUUUUGAAAAAGGACGGAAAAAUCCAAUUGUGCGGGGACUUGAAGGUCACGGUAAACCGGGCAGCAGAUAUCGGGACGUACCCGGUGCCACGGGUCGCAGAAAUCUGGGCACACCUGGCGGAAGGCGCGAUGUUCUCCAAGUUGGAUCUUCGGGAUGCAUACCAGCAAGUGGAGUUGGAUGAGGAGUCAAAGAAAUUGGUCACUAUCAACACACAGCAGGCACUUUUUCAGUACAACCGACUGCCAUUCGGAGUGGCCUCGGCACCGGCAAUUUUCCAGCGCGAAAUGGAGUGUCUGCUUCGCGGUUGCCGCCGGACUGUCGUGUGUUUCGACGACAUACUUGUCUCUGGGGUCUCCGAAGAGGACCACGGUAACAACUUGGAAGAAGUGCUGCGGUGA